UCUUCAAAAAUAUCUUCCAUACUCACGAGUUUGUUCAUCAUCUCUUUCAUGUGAUUUGCAGGUUUCAUUCUCAUCCAAUUAACCUACAUUUUGAUUCAUAGUCACUCAUUCUUCGUCAAUGUUCUGAUCUGAUGGCUAUAUCGGCCUUCAAAUCCACGACCAGAAGACCUCCGAUCGGAGAUACGUCACCAUCGACGGAAGAUUCGCCGGAAUAUUCCUCUUCUAAAGCUACUCCGGCGUUCAAAUCGACGACUAGAAGAGCUCCGAUCGGAGAUUCAUCACUGUCGACCGACGAAUCGCUGACGUCAUCGUCGUCUAAAGCUCACCGGCGUUCUAGAAGCGUAAGCAGAUUCUCACGGCGGAUUCCAGCUGAAUUUGAACCGGUAACAGUUCCUACACCGAGACGGAAGUUCGUUAACACCGUUAGAGGCUCCGAUUUUCCGGAAAUUAGUCUCGAUGAUCUCGCAAUCGAGUUUUUCUCCGGUAAUGAUAACGGUUCUGAGUUGGAUAUUGAGAGUGUAAGCAGUGGAAGUAGAAGUAGUCGAUGUGUUGGUGUGAAGUCGGAUAUAAGUACAGCAUUGUCUCAACGGCGUUCGCGGUCCGUGUCUAGAAACCCUAGCGGUGGUGAUUUAGGUGUUUGUAGUAGUAGUGGUGUGGCUGGUUCUGCUCAGAGGCGUGGGAGGUCUGUUUCGAGGCGUAAUGAUGGUAAUGGUGCUGGUUCUAGUGGUGGUGGUGCAGUUAGGGUUGUUUCUAACGGUGAUUCGAGGAGGAGACGUUCCGUUUCGGUUGCUCGGCGUCAGAUUAGUGACACGGAGAGUGAUAUAGAUCUUUCCUGGAGUUCUGCAAGUCAGCCCAAAUCUAGGAGCACAAAUAAUGGCAAUAGUCGGGUUGCUUCUUUUCAGAGACCGACUGCUUCAAGCCAUCGGAGGCUCACCAGGUCUAUGAGCCAAGCACCUCAGAUGAGGUUACAUGAUGACUACUCGAGUGAUAUAGAUCUUUCCCGGGGUUCUGCAAGGCAAGCCAAAUCUACGAGUGUGAAUAGCGACAAUAGUCGGGUUCCUUCGUUUCAAAGACCCACUGCUUCAAGUCAUCGGAGGCUCACCAGGUCUAUGAGCCAAGCACCACAGAUGAGGAGGUCACAUGAUGACUACCUGAGCCAGUCUUCUGCACUGACUGAUGAUGAUUUAAGAGAUGCUCGUUAUGGGAGAAAUGAGAUUGAGAAGACUAUUCGAGCAGUUUAUGCUCAAAGAAAGAUUGACCAUCCUACUGGAGAUGAUGCAAACCUUGGCCUAUGUGAAGCAAUGAGAAAAGAACUUAGGUCUGCUGUCAACGACAUCAUGAUAGAACUCGAACAGACAAUGGAAAGAAAGCCUUCUGCAUUAUCCGUCCACGAUCGCUUGUAUUCAAAAAAAUCCGAUGCAACAACAAGAAAGAACUAUACAACAAAGUUAAAACUAGAUUUAUUAGCUGAUAGGGCACUAGAAGAGCAACAGGUUCAGGAUGGAUUCAAGAUCGUUAGGGAGGUGCUUCCCGAGUCAAAAACCAAUGCUAAUGCACAAAGAGUCUCGUACUCCCGAAAGAGGAGCAAUGACAGGAACAGAGUGUCUAAACGAUUAAACGAAGAAGCAGAAAAGUAUUUUGAAGAUUUUAUAUCAAAUGUUGAAGAUACGGAUUUUUCUUCUUUUGAUGGAGAAAGAAGUGACACGAGUUCAAGUUUAGUUGGGAGUACAGUCAAACAACGAGAUGGCGCAUUACCGACCCAAAAUGGUGAUAUUAUUUCUGUUCCUGUGGAAAUGGAGGGUAUUAAUCUACCAUGGUUGAAAUGGGAUGACAAUGUUGGUGUUUCUCCUUCAACCCCAAAAACAAAAUUGUGGGACCCAUCUCAGGAUUUAAAAAUAAUCCAAGAGCAUGGCAGUAGCCAUGGUAGCUGGAACCCUGAACAUACAACCGUGAAUUCAACAAACGCAAAAGAAAAUACAAGUCGUCUAUUUGACCUGAGCAAGUAUAUAGAGCUCGAGAGGACUGAAGAGUUACUAUUUGAUAACUGGAGGGAAAGAAGUGUAAUUAGGUCUGGUGGUCUAUUUCUUUGUAGUGUUAUUGGCCAUUAUUGAAAUUUUAUUUACACUUUUAGUCCUUUUCACCUUUUUAUACAAUAAAUGUAAACUCAAAAGAAAAACAAGAAAUCCACCUUUUGAACCUACCUUAACUACCAUGAAUGUAAAAUACCCAAACUAACCUUUGAAUUGAAAACAAUAGCAAAAAAAAAAAAAAAAAA